CUCCUAUAGUCGCCGCGACGCAUGUGACGACGCCGUUCCGCACGAGCUUUGCCGCGAAAAUUGUUCCGCAGUUUCUCUCCAAAUGAGUUUCUGAGGAUACCUGUGGCCUCAUGUUGAUAAGGAGUGACGGAUCCCUUCUCUUUUUGUUUUUGGUUUUUAUCGGUCCAAGUGUCAAAACCACAACAGCAACCCUGAACUGCUUGCUGGCUAGGCAAUUCUGUUUCGAGGAUUCAUCGUGUUCAGCUAUUUUAGAAAUAAUUCCGAGAGUAUGCGGACCCGAGCUAGUGGCCUGCUCGACUGUGACAGUCACAAAGUGUCAGGCAGCCCUACGUACUCUUCAAGCUUUCCCGUUCUUCAAGCCAACGUGUUUAUGCAGGCCACCUCAAGUGGAUCCGGAAUGCAAUACAUUCCGGGACUUCCUGUUCGACCAUCCUUGCGUUUUCGUCAUGAAGAAAGAAAAAGAUCCAUAUCCCGUGGAUGCCCUACCUACAUGCAACCAUGCCUUGUCCGUCUGUCAGCAAGAACGCAAGUGCAUCAAAUUGUACGAAGAUUUCAAGGCCAACUGCAAAGUUAGAGACAACAAAUGCCGAAUGGAAGACAGAGAUUCGUGCCACGAGGCGUGGACCAAUUUACGACGUUCUCCGAUGUUCGGCUGCAUCUGCCCAAACAACCAUAUGAAAAAGAGGUGCGAUCGGAUAUUCUCCAUGGUCAACCAUAAUCCCUGCGUGGACACAUUUCCAGCACCCACCUCCCAUGCACAAAACCCCUUAGAACCUCGAUCUAGAUAUCUAGAUAUGUUUAGGAAGACAGGGGUGACCCCUUCUGUCCGUUACCCCCACUUACCCGAUCCCUCGCACGGCACUGCUAUGGACACUUAUCGCACGCACCAUAACUAUGAUGGCACCGGCACUGGCACAGACAGCAACAGCCCCGAAAUCGGGUCACUAAAUACCCUAGGGUUGCCAGAACUCUACGAAAAGGCCACCGACAAUUCGUCUACCUCGUUUGACUACGGGCUAGGCAAUGCGAUUGUCGAAAAUCCUCUAGUUGACGCGGAUAAUGGAUACGAUGCUCAUCAUGACAACGAUCAUAUUAACGUGAGUGUUCUUAAGAACAAGGGAAAGACAACAGCCGUUAACUUCAGCCACUAUCCAGAGGAGGAGGGGUCUAAUGUUGGACCCUCAAACUAUCAUCAAAAAUAUCCAAGCUCAUCUGACAUCGGACGGUCGGAGAACGAAGUGUCGAGGAUGAUAUUCCAAAGUACAUGCCAUUUGGCGAUGGAUAGUUGCAAUAACAAUUAUCACUGUCGGAUGUCACUCUCCCCCAUUCUGCAUCACUGCGAUAUGUCACGUUGUAACAGGAACUCCUGCAUGGAAGCACUUCAGGCAUUUUAUAGAAAACCCAGCCUGCCUUGGAACAUGGAGAUUGCCUUUUGUUUGUGCAAGAAGACCAACAACAAACACGACGCUUGCCUUAUAGCCCAGGAGAAGCUGCACCCUGUCUGUGCACAAAGAAUUGAGGGGUCCCCGCAACCGACUUGUCUCUCUUUGGCGGAAGUUUGCAGAGAUAGCAAAGAGUGCAGGGCGAGGCUGGAACAGUACGAGCAGUCUUGUGCUGUGGAUAGCGUGACGAAAAAAUGUGCAGGUUCUCCUAGCGAUUGCAGAUCAGCGAUGCUGGGCAUUCUAGGGACAGAUCUAAGAACCACCUGCGCCUGUAAAGGCACGGAUAUGACGCAGAUUUACGAAUGCCUCGGCUGGCAAAGACUUCUCUGGGUGAACCCAUGCGUUGUCGAAUCUCAGAAGGAUUUCCACAUGUUGAAGGCUGCGGAAUUAGCCAAAUACACAACCACGCAAGCCUCAACAAGGGCGAUUCCACCAAGAGUCGUAGCUACCAAGUCUCCGAUGCCAAUAUUCGUCACUGUCAUGUCCGCGACGGAGGCAUCGUUGCACACGAGGGAGAACACGAUGCCCGAGUUGAUUCCGCCCCCGCAACCCUUCAUACCGACGUCGACGACAACCUCAACAUCCACGUCGACCACGACCCAGAGGCCGACGACAACAACCGUGAAAACUACAACCGUACCGCCAAGGUACUGCGUCGUGCAGAGGCCCCAGUUUCCUGACCAAUACAUCAAAGAAGGCAGUUUCAAGAGGAUCUACCACGAGGACGAGUUCGAAUGUUCCGACAUUUGCGAGUGCGAGGUCAGCGAGAAGUUGUCUUGCAAGACCAUCUGCAUCGACAGGAUGCCCUGCAAAACGGAGUUCGCGUUCUACAACCACGCCGCGCCUGCGUACCAGGCCUUCAGGGGAAGGUGCCUCUGCUACUCCGGACGUUUCAUAUGCAUAAAGCCUUCUCCUGGCGACUAUAAUCUACCGCAGGGGGUCUACCUCUUCCUUGGCUACAGCGAGGCCGACGAGAAGGAGCUGAACAAGAAUCAGACCAGGGUCAUGGUGCAGGAUAUUGUCCGUAUAUUGCAGAACUUCAUCAAGGAGGAAGCGGUGAAUGGAACCUUGUGCUCGCUGGAAUUAUUCAAUAUCACGAGGGAAAACGUUAUCAUAAUGGGAAAAUUAUCGGAUGAAGUGGAUUAUAAUACGCUGUCCCCUGCAGAGAGUUUUCAGAAAGAAAAGGAGCAAUGUACCGAACUGCUGGAAAUUAUCAGCGAUAGGAUAAAUUCCAGGAAUCCAGACUUCAUAUCGCAUCUCCUGCUGUCCAUAUUCAAAAUGGCAGAAGUGGAGAUAAUUCAAAUAGAACAAAGUUCAACAGCUGUUAGCUUUAGUAGUAAAUUUAAUGUAGUAGUGGCUACGGUCAUAUUAACGACUGUAUUCAGGUUACAUAUGUCGGCGUCAUGACACAAAGACUGGUUUAUCUAAGCACAAUGAAAUACAUAUCCUUAUAUACCUACCUACAUCAAACACACGUUCUAGUCAAUAUAGAAAAAAAAUCCCGUGUCUACUAAGACACCGAACUAAAAGAAAUUGGUAAUCACUUUGUACAUAUCAGUGUUGACUGUUAAUAUUGAUAGUUUUAGGUUGUUAUCAUAACCUAGAAUAACCCACUUGAUUCAAUUUCAUCAUCGAGACCGUUAUGGAAUCAUACUAGAAUUAAGGGUAUACCUAAUGAAAGCUUAAAUUCUUCGGUCUUCAAUCGACUUAAAGCUGGAUCACUGAACAAAGAGUAGGUAUAUGGUGAAUUUGAUCGAUUCAAUCGCUCUAGGAGCCAAUAGGUUGAGGGAAAAAACCUUUCGAUCUAAAACCGUCUCCAAUUCGAGUAUCUUGCUUAAAAAUCUUAGCCAAAAAAAUGUUUCAGAAUGAAAAUUAAGGUUGCAGGUUGUGUUGAAAAUAGAAAACAAAUCAUGAAUUCACCGGGGCUCUAUUCACGAUUAAUCAAAAACUAUGAUAGGGAGAAUCUUUUGAAGGAAAAGUUUUCGUUGACUGUCGAAUACAGCAGGACAAGGGAAAAAUUCGGAAUUGAAGUUUUUUCUCGACCAUGAAUUGAAUGUUUUUCAACGAAAAUAUCUCGGUUUGAAUUUUUCUCUGUGAUACAGGGAUGCAUCACGAAAUGUUUUUCUAUAUACGAGUAUUCACAGCCAAACGAAAAAGUUCAUCCAUAUAUUCUUACUGAUGUACUACUUAUCGCAACUCGUAAAAUUGUAAGUUUUAUCAAAUCUUUUCGAAGAUGGAGAGUUGAAACUCUAAACUAGUCUUCCGAACAUAUACAUAUCAUUUACAAUGUGGAGAAAAGAACUAGCGACGAAAUAUUGAAAUCCUUUUAUUGUGCACCAUAAAUUAUUGUUAAGGAAAAUUAUUAUCUAUAUGAAGAAAUAUUUUAUUAUUUACAAUGUACUUCGAAACAUUUCCCAUACUGAAAGUAUAUAGUAAAAGAAAAAUUAAAUGAACAUGAAUAAAAUUGACGAAUCGCGCGUGGUGGUGGCAAUCAAUAAAAAAUGAUUUCGAAAUUUUUUAUUCAAUGUAUUUUCUUAUUGGGUAUGUGAUAAAUUUCUAACCAUAUUUGAAAAACAUUGGAUAUAACAAAGCACGAUGACUGAAACUUCGAACAUAUCGUUGGUGUGCAAAAUGGAGAACAUCUUCUGACAAAAUCGAUAACGAAAUGUAUGACAUACAGGGUCUAUCUGAAAAACACCGAAAAAAUGUAAGGGGCAAAAAUUAAGGUGGGUAUUUAUUAGGGAUUUUUGGAAAAACCUCCCUGGUAAGAGUUAUUUAUAAAUUACACAUAUAAAUUACACAUGUUGGAAUUUUCUCAACCAUGAACUAAAACAAUAGGGAACAAGCAAUGUCUUAAGCUUAAUUAGAUACAGGGAAAAUAAAAAAUGAAAACAAUUUUUUUGUUAAUCUUCUGAAGGGUGUAACUUUUUCAGGGGAAGGUUCUUCAAAAAGUUUUAUACCAAAUACCCACCUUAAUUUUUCACCAGAGAAUCACCCCUUACAUUAUUUCGGUAUUAUUCAGAUACACCCUUUAUAUAUUAGUAGAACCCCCAUUGAAAUUGUGUCCCUUUGAGGAAAUUGUGAGUACGAAGCUUAUUCUUCACUUUGCAUACUGAAACCUAAAUAAUAAGUGGAAAUUUAAGACAGUAGAAAUUUGUAAACCUUCAUGAAAUUCACAUAAACGAAGCACCUUUAGGCACACAAUACACCUUGUUAAAUAUACACAAGCUUCAUCAAAUUGUUAUCUGAGAUAGAUGCUCAGUGAUUGUUAACUUAUUCAACAACAGACUGCAUGUACAAUCUGUAUUGUUUAGGUGAGUAAUUAUAAAAUUGAUAUAUUUUUACAAAAUCAUAGCGAAUAGUACAUCUGUGAAUUUUUUCAUAUAGCUGCUGAAGAGGAUAAUAAUCACCUAGGUAAUUUAAUGCUCAGAAGUUUUUUCAAUUUUCACAACACUUUUCGGAGAUAUUUACUUUUCGGAGAUAUUUGCAGACACACAUUUGAAAUACGUGAGUAAUAUUAUGGUGACGGGAUUAAAUCAAAUGUUUUCUCUAGAAAAACGUUCGUAUUUCUGGAAUGAUUUGUACAUAUAUGAUCUGUAGAAAAGGAUUUGGAAAAACGAACGUUUUUCAUCGGGCGUACCCUACAAUAUUUUUCACUACAGCUCGAGUUCUACACUUAGCUCAACUUUUUAUAAGUAUAUUUUUUUUGGAGUUGUUUACUGACAAAAUCAGACAUUUUCCUGUGCCUCCUACUCCCAAGUUGAUUAAGCAUAAUCGCUCAGUCAUUAUUACUGGUGCUGCACAAUUGCCAGGGAACGAAAACAAGAUGGUUUGCGAGAAGAAGAACCGAAAAAAUUGGUCAAGUUUUGACUUUGUUUCUUUUCGUCCUUUUCGAGUUGAUUCUCAAUUGUGCAGCCGCCUUAAAUCGCACAAAUUGUCAUCUAUAAUGCGAUGACUGAUUUUUUAUGAAUAAAUCGAUACCAACAUUUUCUCUGAGGGAGUUUGGGGAAAAAUUUCUCGCAUACUCUUUCAUUCAUUCAACUUGAACUUCUGAGCUUUGAAUCUUGGUGUUGAGAUUUGUGGCUUGUAGUGAAAUACCCGUCCAUUGGUUCAUAAAUAUGAUUGUACAUGCUUUCUGAAAUCAUUAUAGUGGUAGUGACCUAUGAACCAAGAAAAGGUCUCCUCAAUGUAACAUAAAUGCUAAAACCAC